AUGUCAGGAGCGAAAAAGGCGUACAACAUCAAUAAGAGAUACUGCGACCACAUGAUGAAUGCGCUCCUGCUCCACGAUGGGAGUAACAUAGCGAUGACCGUAAGAGCGAAAAGUGUGGAUAUUGAGAUCAGUCAGUUGAACGAUCUGGCUGAUGUUGGCAUUCAUUAUGCCCCCACACAUUCAUCUUACUCGAGAGUACUGCAAACAGCAACGAAUGUUAAGAUCUUUAUCUACGCAGAGCUUUCAGAUACUCCGUGUAGUGUGGAGCCCGAAGUAACUGAGAACAGCUCAGAUAGCAAGAAAACGACAACACGAAGCAUGUCGGAGUCCCGUCAAACUCGACGUAAGACAGAACAAGAUGCUGAACAUAAGCGAAUCGGAGACCUAGCCAAGAUGCUCAUUCCUCACUGGAUAGCUUCGAAACGAAUUCAACGAUUGACCGUAGAGUUAACGGAAGGCGACAGUGGAAAUGAAAGCAUCCUAGCGGACGCAGUUAUAGUAACUAUUGUUUCGCAUCAAGUCGGUCUUGCUAAUGCAAUACCUUCACUUUUGCGUCAUCUUAUGAGCCUCACGCGUUGUUCCGUAUGUAUGCCUGUAGACUUGGCCAGUAUUUGUCUAGCAUGUGAAACAUAUGUUCAACUUAUUAGAAUUCAUCAAAAUCAGAUAAAGUUCUCUGCUGAUGCGUACUCUGAGCUUAGGGAAAAGGUGUCGGCACGUGGUGAAAGUCAUCCUGUAGAGCGAUAUGAAGAAGAUCAUAUAGGUUUGUACGAAUGCAAAGUGCGUCGCCAAGCAGUAGCUCUGAAAUUAUACGUUUAG